AAGUUUUUAAGUUGUGACCACUCUCCUCGCCUCCCCUUCCCUCUCCGCCCUGAUCUCCUCUCCUACGCCUCUCCCUCGGCCUCUUCCGAGCUCUCUCACUCGGUUGGGGGCCUCUUGAUCUUCGUCUCCGUCGUCGUCGCCUCCGCGGAGAUCCCACACCAAGAUUACUCCGCAACCAACAAAUCGCCUCGAGUAUCCGCGAUCCGAAUUGAGGAGCUUCAGAGGAUCCGCAGACCAGGAACUUGGUCAUAACAAUGAAUUUUCUAUUACGACCUACCCAGCCUGUAGCUCCUGAAUUACCCAGUUUUCCUGAAGCUGGACUUCCUAAGGACAUUACACGGAGACCAACUACCACAUUGGAGGGCCUUAUUGCUGAAGAUCCACUUCCAGGAACUGCCGCAGGCGAAGAUGGUGAUAACAACGGUGAUGUUGGUGUGGGGACUGUAGGUUCAACUCCGAAAGACCAAUUUCAUGUGGGAAACCACCACACCGAUGUAACAGACGAUGAAGGAUGGAUAACAAUUCCGUACAAGAAACUUCCUGAGAAUUGGAGCACUGUGCCAGAUAUUCUGCAGUUACGGUCUUUGGACCGUUCUUUCAUUUUUCCUGGUGAACAGAUUCAUAUACUUGUAUGUUUAUCAGCAACUAAACAGGAUACAGAAACUAUAACCCCAUUUAGAGUUGCUGCCGUGAUGUCUAGAAAUGGUAAGUCUCAGCAAAACGGAAAGCAGCAAAUGGAAAGCUCACCUAGUAAUCCUAAUUCUAUCAGUGAUGAAGGUGAAGUUAACGGAACAUGUGAAGAAGCUGCUGAUCAUACUAAAGAAAGUAACGGUGAAACGUUGUCUACUGCUGUUGAGAUGCCUCCUAAACAGGAUAUUUCUAUGACCGAGUCUCUUCUUCGAAUGGAAGAUCAUAGACAGCAAACAGAAAAUAUAUUAGAAAGAUUUAAAAAUUCUAAUUUCUUUGUCAGAAUAGCUCAGUCAGAUGAACCACUUUGGUCUAAAAGAAGCCUGGCUGAUCAAUCGCCAUUAAAUCAGGAGAUUGCAGGAGGAAAAUCGCGUUUGAACGAUGGAGGACAUGAAAAGGCUUCAAAGACUGGUCCUUUUAGUGCGGUUGUUGAUAAGGGAUCUUUUGAUGGCAUUAAAUCUGGUGGAGUGGCUAGAGAUACUGUCAGAUGCUACUCUUUGAGCAAUGGUGACAUAGUGGUAAUUUUACGAGUGAAUGUUGGAGUUAGUGAUAUAAAAGAUCCUAUACUUGAGGUCCUACAGUUCGAAAAAUGCAUAGCAAAUGAUUUGGUUUCUGAGAAUCGGAAUGGCAUGCAUGUUCAAAGUAAUGAGGAUCCAUGUCGGGAGCUUCUUAAUUGGUUGCUCCCUUUAGAUCGUACAUUACCUCCCCCUCGCCCACUAUCACCUCCUCUAAGCUCAACCAUAUCUCACAAGCCAUCAUACUCUGCCUCUGGUUCACAAAUCUUUUCCUUCAGUCACUUCAGAAGCUAUUCCAUGCCCUCACUCCCUCAAAGUGUUGUACCACCUCCUUCUACUACUUAUUCUUCCAACUCAAAACCUCCUUUUGAUCUUGAAGACUUUGACCGCUUUUCAUCCGAGAAAUCAACAAAGGGUUCUGAUAUGGAAAAUGAGGGACUUUUGUCGUUUAGAGGCGUGCCGCUGGAGCCUGAACGCUAUUCUGUACACUGUGGAUUGGAAGGGAUAUAUUUGCCAGGCAGGAGGUGGCACAGAAAGGUUGAAAUUAUUCAGCCAUUAGAAAUCCAUUCUUUUGCAGCAGGGUGCACUUCAGAGGAUCUUCUUUGCGUCCAAAUAAAGAAUGUGUCUCCUGCUCAUAUACCAGAUAUUGUAAUAUUUUUUGAUGCAAUUUCUAUUGUAUGUGAGGAUGCAUCAAAAGGACGUGCCCCAGUAACCCUACCAAUUGCCAGUAUUGAGGCUGGAAACUGUCACAGCUUACCUAGCCUUGCACUCAGGAGGGGUGAGGAGCAUUCUUUCAUUCUUAAACCAGCUACUAGGAUGUGUGGAGAGAAUAGGAGUAAUGGCGAGGCAACUCCAACUCAUCCCCUUUCAAAGCUGGGUACAGCUGCAUCAAAUAUGCAUGUGGCAUUAAGGGUUAGCGAACAUAAGAAGGUUUCUCCAGCUGCUGAUCAGUAUGCAGUUCUAGUAUCUUGUCGCUGCAACUAUACAGAGUCAAAACUCUUUUUUAAACAGGCAACAAAUUGGCGGCCCUGUGUUGCCAGAGACCUUAUGAUCUCUGUAUCAUCUGAACCUUACAAACAAACUGUUGGACCAACUGCUAGAGUACCUCAACUGCCUGUUCAGGUGCUUACACUUGAAGCUACAAAUCUAACGGCCGAAGAUCUUACUUUAACUGUUCUUGCUCCAGAAUCAUCUACUUCCUACUCUUCAGUUUUAUCAUUGAAUUCAACUCCAACAAAUCCGGUCAAUUCCUAUGAUGGUCUCAACGAGUACAUGGGAAGAACAGGCGGAGAUAAACGUGCAGCAAGAAUCCAAAGGUUGAGGUCUAUUCCUGCAGAUUCUCGAAAGGAAGUUGAUGGUGGUGAUAAUGAAUCAAGUAAUGCUGAAGGCUGUACGCAUCUAUGGCUGCAAAGUGCAGUACCUCUUGGAUGUGUUCCUGCACGUUCGAGUGCAACUGUCAAGCUUGAGCUACUACCAUUAACUGAUGGGAUCAUAACGCUUGAUACUCUUAAAAUAGCUAUCAAGGAGAAAGGUCUAACAUACAUACCGGAGCACUCAUUGAAGAUCUAUGCAACUUCAGGCAUUUCAACAGGGAUCUUGUAGGGUAAUUGCACCUUGAUCUCCAGCCACGACUACAAGCUCAUAACCGCUAUGGUAUACCGAAAUGUUGUUUGUGAGUUGUUCUUUAUCCUGAGCCCUGGCCUCAUGCCUAUGUGCAUUUCGUUAUUUUACGAUGACAUCUGUUGCCCAUUUGAGGGCUGAUGACAUCUGUUGCCCAUUUGAGGGCUGCUGUGUUGGAGAAUGAGUGCAUUGUUUUUUAGAGUCGAUUGGUAUAUCCAAAUUCAGUUGCAUCUUGUCAAUAGAAAAUGUCCAACAACAAAAACUUUAUCCGAUUUGUCUUCCCCGUCUAGGUGGGAAAGUUGGAGUUAUUUUCUGUUUUGUUGUUCAGCAAAAUGUGUGAAUUUCUCAUUCGGCUGUAUGAUAAUAAAGUAAAGAUUCAUGUCCAUCGCUUAUUAA